AUGGCCAAUGUAUUUACUAGUGGAUUGAUUUAUUUUAUCUUUGUUUUGAAUUGUUAUCAGUGUCGAGAAAAUUAUCAAGCGCCUAUCGUUAGAGUAACGCAAGGCCUCCUAAGAGGUACUACACAAAGAAUUUACUCAGGAUCUUUGUACUACAGCUUUAAAGGCAUACCGUAUGCCGAAGCGCCUAUUGCUAAUGAUAGGUUUAAGGCGCCAUUGCCCCCGCAAACAUGGGAAGGAAUUCGCGAGGCCGCUGAGCAUGGACCAAUAUGCUCACAAUUAAAUAUAACUCAGCCUGUGGGUAGCGAGCAGUGUCUGUUCCUAAAUGUCUACACGAAAUCUCUUGCACCUCCUACAAAGGUACCAGUUAUGGUUUUUAUACAUGGUGGCUCCUUUAUGUUCGGCUCCGGAAACUCAGACACGUUUUCCCCAGAUUUACUCAUUCAACAUGACGUUAUAUUAGUCACCAUAAAUUAUAGACAAGAACUACUCGGAUUUCUAUCUCUGGAAACACGUGAAGUUCCAGGCAAUGCCGGUAUGAGAGAUCAAGUUAUGGCUUUACGAUGGAUUAAAGAAAAUAUUGCGAAAUUCGGUGGAGAUCCUGACAAUAUCACCAUAUUUGGUGAAAGUUCUGGGGCCGCGUCGGUUACCUAUCUUAUUGUCUCGCCUAUGGCUAAAGGAUUAUUUCACAAAGCAAUAGCCCAAAGUGGUACUUGUAUUGAAGACUGGGCUCAAGGUACAGAUAUGAAAGAAAGAGCUUUUAGAGCUGGCAAAGCAUUAGGUAAAGACACUAAUGAUGUCAAUGAAUUAUUGAAAUACCUCAGAAGCUUACCAGCAGGUAACUUAUCCAAUCUACCUGAUAGGACUAUGACUGAUGAAGAAAAAUUGAGAGGUGUACCAGAAAGAUUUGUUCCAGUUGUUGAGGAAAUGUUUCCUGGUGUUAUUCCCUUUCUUGAUCAAGAUGCAGCACAAGUAUUGACACACGGUAAUGCGAAUGCAGUUCCGUUAAUGCUGGGUUACAACUCAGGUGAAGGCAUUUCGAUUAUUUCGUACGAAGUUCCAAGACUGGAAAUCAAGAACAGAAAUGUAUCUCUCUUUGUACCCAGAGACAUCGUAAAACGAGUAUCUAGCCAUAGAGUAAAUGAAAUUGGCGUAAAAAUAAAAGAGUUUUACGUAGGUAAAGGAAAUUUUAGUGAGAGAAAUCCCGAGGCUAUUCGCGACAUGACAACAGAUAUUUAUUUGGCCUACAAUAUACAUAGAUUUGCAUCUUUAUAUAAAAAUCGACAGAUGCCUCUGUUCAUGUACAAGUUUGAUUUCGAUACUGAUUUAAAUGUACUUAAAAAUAAAUUUAACGCAGCUUACAAGCACUUGAAAGGAGCAGCCCACGGAGAUGAACUAUUUUACAUGUUUUAUAAUCAUUUAAAUAAGGAAUUUUAUGACAAUCAGCCUAGAUUGAGAGAAAUAUCUUACAAAAUCACAAAACUUUGGACAAACUUUGCUAAAACUGGAAAUCCCACGCCAGAUCAAAGCCUUGGAGUAAAAUGGCCGGAAUAUACAAUAACCGGAAAGGAAUACUUGACAUUAAAAGAUCACUUUCCCAUUGGAAAUUAUGCUGACGGAUCUCACAUGGAGUUCUGGAAUGAUUUUUACAAAGAAGCAGGCUUACCACACAUACGCUGA